AUGGCGACGGUCUCUCUACAUAUCACGAGUGAAGUGGCUCGAAACUCUGACUUAUUCGGUUUGUUAGGCGAUGUGCCUGUACAGAGGAUUGAUGUUGACAACGAGGCUCGGUUGAGAGAGUUUGAAGUAUUGUGGAGAGAAAAUGCAUUACAAAAGGAACUGGUCAUGCAAACGCUCUUUGAAGCCCUUUUUGAGUCCUAG